CACAGCGCUAGCAGUACACGCGCUGUUGUUGUCACCGACUGUCAAUCAGGAGUCAUGAUCAACUUUCGUUUUCGCCGUCACAAAUACGGUACAAUAACCGGAUCGUAACUGAUCGAACAUGUCAGAAAUAUUGCUGAACAAAGGUGAGAGUAUAACGAGCAGUCCAAUGAAGGCCGAGGAGUGUGUCCGGAGCUUCCUGCUCGUGGAUGAACAAGAAAACCUCCAGGUCCGCGAUGAGUCCCAGUUUUUGGACAAGCUCGGCUGUGGAGACGUGGAAGGAGUGAAGGUCCUCUCCAUCUUUGGCAACACGGGUGAUGGCAAGUCCCACACACUCAACAACAUCCUAUUUGAUGGCGAGAGUGUAUUCUACACCUCCAAGUCCCCCAGCUCCUGCACAGUGGGAGUGUGGGCAGCGUAUGACCCUACCCUCAGUCUGCUCGCACUGGAUACAGAAGGCCUGCUGGGGGCUGCAGCCAAUCAGAACCAGAGGAUGAGGCUGCUGCUGAAGGUGUUGGCGGUGUCUGAUAUAGUCGUGUAUCGCACGCGAGCAGAACGCCUCCACAACGACAUGUUCCUGUUCCUGAGCAGUGCCUCGGGCGCCUACCUGAAGCACUUCACCCCGGAGCUCAGGGCGCUCUCCAGCCGUUGUGGACUGGAUGUGCCGCUGUCUUCUCUUGGGCCUGCAGUUAUCAUCUUCCAGGAGACGACACACACUCAGCUGCUUGGUUAUGAUUCUAAGGUGGCCGGGCACUCCGACACACUGCUGCAGAAACGUUUUCAUGACCUGGGCUUGGGGACGGAGGCCUUCAGCUCUGUGCAGUAUGUGGGCACCCAGACAAUUACACCUCCCACUGAUUACAGCAGGCUGCUGGAAGCCGUAAGGCAGCAAGUAAAGAACACUCACACUCGCUCCCCACGGCAGCCUGGGAUAGUGUUUCACGCUCUGGAGGCACUGAGUGAUCGUUUCUGUGGGGAACUGUCCGACGACAAGAUGACCCUGUAUUCUUUCUUCCCCGACGAGUACUUCACCUGCUCUGCUGUCUGCCUGAGCUGCAACAUUCGCUGUAAAAAUGGAAUGAACCAUCUGAGAGACAGAGUCCCCCACAUGGCAGAUGGACUUUGCCAGUACGCACACCAGUAUAACAACAAAGUCCUCAUCUGUAAGAGGUGCUAUGAGGGGGGCAGAGAGGUGAUCGUUGUCCCCAAGACGUCAGCUUCCUCUGACAACCCGUGGUUUGGACUCGCCAAGUACGCCUGGUCAGGCUAUGUGUUGGAGUGCGCUAGCUGUGGUGUUAUCUACCGCAGCCGACAGUACUGGGUGGGAAACCAGGACCCUGAGAGCGGCGUGGUGCGAUCUGAGGUCAAGCAUGUUUGGGAGGGGUCCGAUACUUUCCUGUCCACGCAUCAGAACGCUGCCCAGAUGGUCCUGGACGGGAUGAACUACAUGAUCCAGUCAGUGUCGGGGUACAGCACCGGCCCCACCAAAGCCGUCACCGGCUGGCUCACUGACCAGGUGGCCCCCCCGUACUGGAGACCCAACACAGAGAUCACUGCCUGUCAUGGCUGUCAGAAAGUGUUUGCGGAGGCGGAGAGGAAACACCACUGCCGAUCAUGUGGUGAGGGGUUCUGCCAUCCCUGCUCCAGCCACAGGAUGCCCGUACCAGAGAGAGGCUGGGGCAGUGGUCCUGUCAGGGUGUGUAAGGCCUGCCACAGACAGGGGGGGCCAGCUGACAGCCAGGUGUGUAAGGUGGAGCCUCGAGGUCUGAUUGCUCGCAGGGUGACGGAGGUGGCCCAGUCCACGCUGGAUAUGGUGACCACAGCUGUGGACUACCCGCUCUGUUUUGUGAAAGAUGUGGCUCGACCGGACUACUGGGUGCCAGACCAGGACAUCACACAGUGCCACCAGUGCUCCAAGACCUUCACUCCAGCCAUGUCCAAGCACCACUGCAGGGCCUGUGGACAGGGGGUGUGUGGCCCCUGCUCCACACACAUCAGGCCUGUCCCGUCCCGAGGCUGGGACCACCCGGUCCGAGUGUGUGACGGCUGCCACGCCCGCACAGACAGUCUGUGAAGUCUUCCAGAUUUAAAAAAAAAAAAAAAAAGAAACCUACUCUCAAGUGCACUCGGUCUUCCUCAGAUGAUCCACAAAGACGCUGUGAAUCCUGGUCACACUGCGAAACAAGGAGGAUUCAAUCUGUGGAAGUGGAUCCGCCUUAGUUUUGAAGCUUAAACUAGUCCACCUCCCGUCGCUUUAGAAGUGCUGACUACAAGGAUCAACUUUCAGUUCAUCUGCCUUCCUACAACCUUUGAUUUGAACUGACAUGAAGAGACAUUUUACAUGAUCGUAAAAUCCUCCUCUCUUGUGAAGUCUGACUCCUCUGGCUCGUUUUUUCGCUGCAGACGAACAGACCGAAAUGUUUUAGUCCAUACAUAGAAUAGAUUCAAAGGUAAAAACAACAAAGGAAUUAAAGGGCGAGUGAUGUAACUAAUGUGUAGUCGAUGUGAACCCACACAUGGUGGAAGCAGAGCCUUCACAGAAGUAGACACUGUGCAGAGCUUUCUUUGUUACUGUCCUCCUCACAGACAAAGAAAAAUACUCUGUGUUUGUUGUCCCCGUGUGACUCCAGACGGAGAGAGUUGCAAGACGAACAAACACAAACUUCAGAGUGUGCCUUCAUGGGAAUCUUGACUCCUAUUGCUGUAGCUGCUACGUAAGAUUUGCAGUCGGGGGAACUUAAAGUCCGUCUGUACCAGGAGUGUUAAGAUUAUCAAUUUACAGCCUCUCACAUAACUCUUAAAGGCAGGGCUGGUCAUUUUCAAAACCUAGCAUGAUUUUGAAAGUAGCAUUCCCUCUGUGCUCCCUCAAAAGCCACGCCCCUCACUCACAUGCACGAGCACUGUUGCUCCAGAAGCGGACCUCAGCUCAUGCUUUGAGUGUGGGCUAGAGCACGCAAGAGGUAGAGAACGAGCAGGGAGACAGAGAGGUGUGUGAUUGGUUCAUCAGAUUGGUACCUCGUGGCAGACAUUGGUGGAAGUUUUUACAGGUUUACAAACUGAUACAGAUGAUGGAUUUUCCUCUUUCCUUUUUCAGAGCAGAUGAGUUAUUAAUUUCUGUCAGGACCUAAAGACAAUUUCAACCAAAAUCUUAAAACAUGGAUCUGGAGGAAAUGACCAACCCUGCCUUUAAGCACUGCAUUUACAAUAUGGUGAGAUCGAUAGUGUCAGAAAAUGUGUAGCACAAGUUAUAGACAUUCCAAUGUAUGGACAAAGAUUUGUUCGGAAGUAGAUGCACUUUCCUGCGGUUAUUGUAGAGCGUGUGUUCUUUCUGAAAGCUCUCUUCAUGUAAGUCUUCAUUGUAUAAAUGUCAAUGUAAAAAUGAAACUUUCUCCACAGCAGACUGGAUGCAUAAACUCUGUUUUAUCUGUCAUUUUCUUCUUAAAGUUGUUUUUUUUUCUCACUAAAAAGUAGCAACUGACAAUCAGUUUUUAUCUCGUUCAUAAAUCAGGCUCAUCAAAAUCUAAAGUAUAAUCUCCUCAUGACGACUUGAUGCUUUAUUUGCAGCAGAGUAUUAAACUGUGAGGCUAAAGUUAAUAUUUGGAAACUGAAAAAUUAACAAAUUCAAUAAAAUCACAAA